GCGGGGCCUCGGCCGCACGUGGGUGCGCGGCGGGCGGCGGUGGCAGAUGAUGUGAGAAUGACCAUGGCCCAGGCUGGGGCGGUAGUUGCAGCUGCCACGGGAGUCCUUGUCUUCUUCUUGUACUCUUCCAUUCACAAGGUUGAGGAGGGGCACCUGGCUGUGUAUUACAGGGGCGGUGCGCUUUUAGCUAGUCCGAGUGGACCAGGCUACCACAUCAUGCUUCCAUUUAUUACCACAUUCAAAUCUGUGCAGACCACGUUGCAGACUGAUGAAGUGAAAAAUGUGCCUUGUGGGACAAGUGGUGGUGUCAUGAUCUACAUUGACCGAAUAGAAGUUGUGAAUAAGUUGGCGCCACAUGCAGUGUAUGAUAUUGUGAGAAAUUAUACUGCAGACUAUGAUAAGACUUUGAUCUUCAAUAAAAUUCAUCAUGAGCUGAAUCAGUUCUGCAGUGCCCAUACUCUCCAGGAAGUAUACAUUGAGCUGUUUGAUCAGAUAGAUGAGAAUCUGAAGCUGGCCCUGCAGAAAGAUCUGAAUGUCAUGGCACCAGGUCUCACUAUACAGGCUGUGCGUGUUACAAAACCCAAAAUCCCAGAAGCCAUCCGAAGAAAUUUUGAGCUAAUGGAGGCUGAGAAGACCAAGCUACUCAUAGCAGCCCAGAAGCAGAAGGUAGUAGAGAAGGAAGCAGAGACAGACCGGAAGAAAGCACUCAUAGAGGCGGAGAAAGCUGCUCAGGUGGCCAGGAUUCACUAUCAGCAGAAGAUUAUGGAGAAGGAAACAGAGAAGCGAAUUUCUGAAAUUGAAGAUGCUGCAUUCCUAGCAAGAGAGAAAGCAAAAGCUGAUGCAGAGUACUAUACUGCUCAGAAGCUGGCUGAUUCCAACAAGCUGAAACUCACUCCAGAAUAUCUGGAAUUAAUGAAAUAUCAUGCGAUAGCUUCAAACAGCAAGCUGUAUUUUGGUGACAGCAUCCCGACUGUGUUUUUGGAUUCCUGUGCCUUCCAGCAAGCUGGUCUGAAGACUGCCCGAGAAACCAGCCUGUCCUCACAGGAGACCCCAGAAACCUCUGGAGAAAGCCACCUCAAAACAAAGGAAAACACAGGCUGACAGAGGUAGAAAGAUGCCUGGUGUAUCUCAGCAGUUAACCCAGCUGUGAAGGGGGAUUGCCCUGUGCUGGUGGGGCGGAUGCAGCACAUGCGUGGACAUCUUGCAUAUAGGUGGCAGUUGGGUUGAUUUUCUUCUAGCAACACAUUGCAAGUGCUCUGCCUCUUCCGUUUCUUCCCCUAUUAAAUUGGUGCUUCCAGAUGAGGGAUAAUCCUGUACUAACAUACCUAUACUGGAAUAUUAAAAAAACAGAAACCAGGAAAGCCUUUUGCAGUAGGUGCAGUUCUUUAGCAAGCAUUACCUUUGAGGCAAGAGAUGUGGCUUUGAGUGCUAUGCAGUUGUAUACUGGUCAUUCCCCAGCUCACCUCACUGAGGCCAAGCAAAGACAUUUCCUUCCUUCUGCUAAUGAAGCUUCACUUUGUGGACCCUGAGGCACGUUCUAUCAGCACUAUGUAACUCCUUGAGGACUCAAUUGUUGGCCAGUGGAGGCUGUGCUCCUGCUUGGGGAGAGGCCCAGAAAGGAGUGAUUUGGUUUGAAGUUGAUUAUUUGAAUAGGAUCUGUGUACCCAUAACCUUUUUCUUUCCUGUAGGCAGUGGCACUAGCUAACACGGACUCAGCAUAAGUGAUCUUUAACAGGUUUUAGUAACUUCCCUUCUCCAAGCAAGAGCCUUAUGUUGGCUGGCCAUGGGUGAUUGUAAUACACUGCAGCUGGGUCUCACACCCUAAAACAGGAUUCAAAAUGCAUGCAACACCUCAGCAGCUGCUUGCGAGCAAAGGGCCCAGAAUUUCGAAAUCGCUACUCAGACCUCAGCCCCUCUCUAGGUCUUUUCACCAUGGAAAGGGUGCUGAAUUUCCGCCACUCUGCCUUGCAAGCAAAGGGAAUGAAAAGAGAAGAGUGAGGAAAGAUUCAAGAUAUCCCUGGGGCAGAGGGAAGGAGUUUCAGUAUUAUUCUGCUAUUCAGAUGGGCACUUUCUAUUAUGGACCAUCGCCAAGCAGAGAAUAGGUGCCUGAUCCCAACCGGCAGCCUGCCAGGGCUAGUGCUGCGCUGUGCUCUCCACCUCAUUUGUGUAAUUGACCCUGCUCUGCAGCAGAACAGAUAUUUGAUACCUGAUCUCAAAGUAGGUGAGGCAUCACCACUCCCCUUGGGAUUAAAUACAGCAGUACAAAGUCUGUGGAUCUCAGAAGAACUGGCCUUGUGACAUCCCUUGUGCAUCCUUCAAGCAGUUCCAGUGGAGAGUCUGUCACCAGUCCUACAGUUGCUUGCCAGGCUUUGCUGUGUCACAGGGCUUUUAACUCACCAAGCUACGCUGGCAGGAUGACCUUUAUUCCUGGCAUGCAUCCUGUCGUAUCUGUUCCCUGCUCCCCAUGAACCAUUGUGGGGUAAGAGAAGAAAAAAGGUGAAUUCCUGAAGGAGGAUGUGGGGGUGGGCAAAGUCUGUUGGUAAUCUGCUUUCCUACUCUCUUCCAUGCUCCCCUGUGCCCAUCAGGACUCAUGCUUGUUUCCAGGAUGUUUCUUACUGUGUUCUCUGACAAUUCCAGAAGAUGGUGAAUGAAGGAGCAUAUGGCAGGGGCCUGAUCCAGAAUGCCAUGCCUCAGCUAGCAGCACUACAAGCCCUGCUUGCCCCAGUGCGUGUCCAAAUACCACUUCUCUUGCUUGAGCUUGGACAUUUGUGUAUUGAUCCUGUUUUUUUGUCCACUCUGGUGCAGUCAAGUGAAGCGCUUAGCCCCACAGCAGUUCACCAGAAAGACCCAUUGAUAGUGACUCACCUGAUGACCGGUACUGAGCUGUUCUGUCCCUAGCACUACCUGUGGUCUCACAGCAGUUGGAGGAACAUGUCUAGAGCUUUUCCCGUAGUGAAACAUUCAGCCCCACAUGAACACCCUGAACUUCAAGUUUGUUAAUAAUUUGUAUGCUUUGGGCCUUCCAGUGCUAGUUUUGUACCCAAUGUGGCUUGUUCGACUUGAAUGAUGACAGCAUCUCUCCUAAAUGGAAGUUCAGUAACACAGUCAAAAAGGUGCCUUACUCUGUCUCAGCUCCUGCCCUAGUUGUCUCUUCUCCAUUUCCGGGACAGAGUGGGGUUGUUUGGACCCUUCCUGUCUUGCUUCUGCUGCCAGCCAGCUUGGGUAACAAUGCCCAUGGGAUUUGCAGAAAGCCUGUAGUGGUUUCACGUAGCUUAUCCUCCAGCUGUGCAAACUCCCAAGGCCCCACUGGUGGUUGGCCCUAUGAGGCAAGCUUUUCUUUCCCCAACAUGUAGCAGCUAUUCUUCACUUGGUGUUAGCCUGCACUGUAGCUAGUUGCAGUUCCCUUUCACAGGCACCCUACAGCUGCUGUAGUUCAGCACUUGAGCUCUAGCAAAGAGCUUGAAGUGCAGCUUGGAGAUAGGUUACUGUGGCAAGAAUGCAGGGUGUCUUUUGGAGCAUCCUGCAGGCAGCUUCUUAUGAGCGUCUUUCUCUUUUCUCACAGAUCCUAUUAGCUCCUCAAGCUGCUCAACGUGUAGCCUGUGAUUGCUUGCGGCUCCCUUGUUUCUCUCUCUGCAGCUGGUUAUUUGAACUCGGCCAUGGCAAGAGCUCAGAAAUGGUGACUGGCCUGCCACAGCAAGAGGCCAGAUAGGGGCCAAUUGCCUCUCCUGCCUCAAGCUUGGGGUCAGCAGAUGUGCAUGCUCCCUCCUGCUGUGAGAAUGGAGGAUGAGAGGAAAAGUACUGCUGAUACCAGCUUCAGUGAAAGACAGGAGGAAAGGAGUCUCCAGCAUAUGGUGCAUACAUCUAGCACACAGAGGGAUCUUGGAGCAACCCUGUGCCUUGCAGAUUCAAACCAAAGGGAGUGCAGAGCCCCGCAGCUGGGCUUUUGCAGGAGGAACUCAGUUUUUACUUGCACUCCUGGGUUUGAACAGUAGUCGAAGGAUCCUGGUACCCUGGGGUUGUCGAAUACUGUGAGGCUUCCCUACAGAGGCAGGAAAAGAGGUAAGGUGUGUACAUGUUGCAUCUGAAAGAUCAGAUCAACCAGCAGUAAGGGCAGAGCUGAAACCCAUGGCUAUUGGCAAGAGAGAAGGGAGCUCUUUGAACACUUGUGUUGUUAAACUCAUCAGUGUGCUUUUCAGGGAAGGAUACCAGGCUAAGCAGCAUGUUUCAUAGCUGUCAUACUUGAAGUGCCUCCUGGAAGUGCUGUUUGAUUAGCAAAAUUCACUUUCCUCUGUGGGAAAGGCUUUGAGGAGUUGGUGGAGUUGUGUGUCUUUGGCCUUCCAGCACCUCAGUUUUACUGGCCUGCAGCAGUAGCUUCAAAGCAGAAACACAGCUACAGCCAUUUGAGUUGAAUUUUGAGACCAGCCACAGGCUUUUUGAAAACAGAAACAGAAACACCCCUGGAUAGGGGAUAGACCUGUUCCCCUAUGAUACAUGUUGUAUUGUAAUCUUAGGGCCUGGCAAGCAACCCUGGUCCUUGACUCAACGUGAGAGGUGUCUUGCACAGGCUGGUGAAGGCAAAGCUUGUGUGGCAGAGGCCUCAGCAGAGCCACAGCAUUGUAGAAGGGCAGCCUGCAUCUUGCAAAAGAGGGACCUGGGCUGGGUGCUAAUGAAUGCCUGCCUUGAGGUGCCAAGAAACCAGAACAUGAGGGAAAUGCCUAGAAGCAGUAAAAAGACAACUCACAGCUUGCCUGCAGCAAUCAAAACAAGAUCCCUAUGCAGGGAAAAGGGAAGCCUACCAGGCCAGCAUAGGAAGGGCUGAUUCUCUUUGGAUCUGGGCCUCAGCUGCAGGCAGCUCAGUGCAAGGCUGUCUCUGCCCCUGCAGCCAUCCAGGUGGAUGGAUUUGCUGCCGCUCUUUAACUAAAUAUCAUCCACUGGCUGCGUAUGUACCUUCCACCUUCAUCUCCUGCCUGAGUGGUCUUAGGGAUGUCCUUGGGUUGCUCCUGUGUGUAGAAGUCCUGCAGCGAGGUUUGCAAGAUGCCUGGUGCCUUGUGCCGAAAGCUCCUCCAGCCAUCACCCUGGGGGCAGCACUUCAGAAGUCCAAAUACAUGUGAAAGAUCCAAGCAGCUGGAUGACCAUGAUGGGUUUCUUAACACCUUCAGCUGGGCAUUGCUUCUCUCCAAGCUUGUAGCCAGGAGCUGUAGCUCAGGCUGGAAAUGUGGAUGCAACUGAAACCUGGUUUUGAACUGUUUUCUGUCUGUUCAAAAGGCCUGUGCUCUCUUUUUUUUUUUUUUUUUUUUUUGAAGGGGUUUGCCAUUGGAUCAGCACCUUCUUUAAGGAAACACGAUACAUAUGUUUAUGUUUACAUGCACAGUGUUACAUUCUUUUGAUAAAAUAGAAUAAAAUUAUUUUGAUACCAUUGAUACCA